UUAGGCAAGUUGCAUAGUAUCAUUUUUUUCUUAAAGGGAGAUUUCAAACUCACAUAUUUUCUUGAUUAAUACGGGUGUCAGAGGUUAUGGGGAGAAGGCAGGAGAAUGGGAUUAGGAAGGUGAGAUAGGCCAGCCGUGAUUGAGUAUCGUAGACUUGAUGGGCCGAAUGGCCUAAUUCUGCUCCUAACACUUAUGAUGUUAUGAUAUACCGAAGCCGGUGUUUCAGACACAAACCCCCAUAUCCCAAUGUGACUAAUUAACAUCGUUUGCAAACUAGUUCCAUUUAUUUUGAAAAGGGACUUUGGAGAUACAAGGAACUGCAGAUGUCGGUUUCCACAAAAAAAAAAACAUAAGGUUCGGGAAUAACUCAGCGGCACUUUUGUUUUGAGCUCGGCAAAAUCAGCCGCUGGGUUUUUAUAGCAGGCGGUGACCCGCUUUGAGUCUGCCGCGUAUUCUCGACAUGGCUCUUUGGACUCUACUCGGGGAACGAGGUCCAACCACGGCACGAGUUUCAUAAUCGGCAAGGUAGGGGCAUUCGUACUUCUGCGGGGAGAAUAGAUCAAUAGUUUCACUCUUCCAGUUGGGAGUUUUUGAACUUUCAGAAGAUGCAGUGGUGUGAAUUCUUCCGGUUAAACGCAGCGAGGAAAUCGCCAUGUAAUCCCGUCUGUGGAGAUGCUCGCCCUUUCACACAGCCCAGUUAGGCAAGUGGAAGAUUCUGCACACAAAAAAAAACACUUUAGAUUUAAUUCGCCAGCUUUACCAGGACAUUCUAUAAUAAUGUUAGAAACCAGCAGAAAAUAUCACAUCACCUACGAAAAACAUAUACACGCGCUGGAAGUGAGCUGACAAAAGUGUGCAUGAAUUGAUACACGAGUAUUUUUGUCGUUUAUAGAUUCGAUGAAAAAUAGAUCACCAUCGGCGUUUUAAAUUUAAAAGCGUUGCAUUACAUUUAAAAAUGGGGAAUACUCUCGGAAAUCUCUCGAAAUAUUGUCACAUUUGUUUUGCAAAGAGGGUGUGCUUGUUUGUCUUGCCAAGAUGAUGGCGUGAAAGGGCAACAGCGAAGGGUCACAAACGUGAGAAACCGGCAGGCAAUGCAUGUUCAGCCACAUCACUCAACGGAAUUCCUGACAUGCAAUAUUUUUUACUUUGGAAUUGUCGACGUUGGCCAAAAGGGACAGUGUUAAAUUGGGCGUGACGUGAGAUUGACGGGGAUGCAGAAUAGGACAUUCCUGAGAUGCCUCGACAUAGUCUUCGAGAGUGGAGAAAAAAAAAGUAUAAUUUGAAGUUACCUGUUUAAGGAUAAUUCAACUGUCCAAUGGCACCUUGUACCUGGACACAAUGAAAUUCGUCUUUUGCACACAGUUCCGUAAAAAUCUCGCAAUCCCGGUUUACUUGGAAGUUGCCUUUUAACAACUUCUAAAACUUUAGACAACUUUAAAAGUUGCCUUCUUAAAAACGUAGGAAAAGCAUUCACCCCGUUCAACUUCAAUGGUACUUUAUUGUCACGUGUUCCUUUAUUUAUUUUUUUUGCCCACACUUCAGUGAAAAUCUUACGGCAUAAUCCGAGUGUAAGAUUAGUAGAGGCAGUAUUGUCGAUCUUUUAUAUGUACGAACUUUCGCCGACUCUACAGUCCCACUCGUUAUCAACAAGCCACUAUAUUAUUAUUGAACGUGAGCUGAUACAGCGUGGGUGCAUUCAUACACGGGCGAUUGGAACAUAGUAAAUCUACGAGUAAAAAUGUAACUCCGAUCUAUUGAAACAUUUAAUGCCUUGGUAUUUUCCAUGUUGAUCCAAGGAUUGAAGGGUUGCGGGUGAAAUAAAUAGUUCUUGACAAAUAUGGUAAACCUUUCCUGAAAUGAGCGAUGAUUAUUCGCCGUAGUUGGCGCUCUGCCUUAACUGAUGAUGACCAGUGACAAAGUAACUAAAUACCAGGAAAGUCGAAAACUAUUUAAGAGAGGGAGUGAUCGUGGAAACAGGAGUUCAGCGGCGUGGGGGUACUCGGCAGAUGGAGUUUCGGAAACUGCUCAAAAUGACUGUGAAAACACCAAAGAUCGGAUGCGGAAAGGUUGAAUGGACCAAGAGGCGAGUCGACUAGCGAAUGCUCAGAGCGAACCCAAAAUCUGAUCGCCUGGGUUAAAUUAGCCCCUGCUCUGGUGACGAGGGGUCUUUUGAAUGAGCAAUUUAUCGUUCGAAAUGAACACGUCCGUUGUGGAAAUGGACGGCGGAGUCCCGUUUUACCUUGAGACUGAAGCCAACACGUCCGAAGUGUUGUUGCCGGAAUAUUACACCGAUGACUUUGAUGAAGAAAUGCCCUGGAGCAUCGGCGACCUCCUGAUCCCCGUUGUCUACUGCCUGGUGUGUGCGGUGGGACUGCUCGGCAAUUCCUUGGUGGUCUUCACCAUUGUCCGACAUGUCAAGAUGAGGACAGUGGCCAACAUUUAUAUAUUGAACCUGGCCCUGGCCGACGGCUUAUUUAUGCUGGGUCUACCAUUUCUGGCGGCGCAGAUCGCUCUCCACCGGUGGCCAUUCGGCCACUUCAUGUGCAGACUGGUGAUGGUCCUGGAUGGCAUUAACCAGUUCACCAGCGUGUUCUGCAUCACGGCGAUGAGCGUGGACAGGUACGUGGCCGUUGCCCACCCCAUCAGAUCUUCUCAGUGGCGCACCCCGAACCUGGCAAAGAUAGUCUGCGCCGUCCUGUGGUUACUCUCCUUCAUCCCCGUGAUCCCCAUGGCCAUCUAUUCGGGCGUGGAUGAUCCUAUGGAUGUGUGCACCUUAAUCUGGCCGGAGCCCAUAUUUGUGUGGAACACGUCCUUCGUUGUCUGUGCCUUCGUGGUGGGCUUCGCGCUGCCCUUCGCCAUCAUCUCGCUCUGUUACAUCUUGAUGCUAGUGAAGUUGAAGACCACCUUGGUCUCACGGCACAGCCCGGAGUCAGCCAGCUCGGAGAAGAAGAUGACCGGGAUGGUGGUGACCAUAGUGGUGGUCUUUGCCAUUUGCUGGCUCCCUUUCUACACCAUCAACAUCUGCGUGGUCUUCAUGUCCAUCCCCCACCACAUCUCCUUGAGGAAACUCUUCCAGUUCACGGUGGCCCUCUCCUACAUCAACAGUUGCGUCAAUCCCAUCCUCUAUGUUUGCCUGUCCGGAAGUUUCGGGAGAGCUUUCCAGGCGAUGCUGUGCCCCAAACUCGUGCAAGGGGCGAAGGUUGCAAGAGGCUCCGACGCGGGGGAUCAACAGACGGAGUCGCAGCCAACACUCUCCGGCGGGGAAUUGGAGAGUGCGCUCCGAUAGACACACGGCUCCUGGUGUCCGGCUCUUCCCGCAAGCAGAUCCUCCAAAAGCCCCCAGUAAAAUAAAUCACCAAUGCAGAGUAUCUAUUGCGAACGGACGGGAGGACAGGUCCGGGCGCUUGAGGCCGGGGGCGACAUGAAUCAACACGGAGGACUUCAUGUGUAGGAAGGAUCCGCAGAUGCUGGUUUAAACCGAAGAUAGACACCAAAAAAAACUGGAGUAACUCAGCGGGACAGGCAGCAUCUGUGGAGAAAAGGAAUGGGUGAGGGUUUCAGACUCCACGCGGAAGAGGAUUUCACGCUGCUUCCCCCGGCGUGACUAUUAGAAAAAUAGAACAUUCUAAUUUUCAUGAAAUAAAUGCAUCCAUUAUAUCGACCCAAAGGCACUGCAUUUACAGCGACAAAAGUAAACAAAUUAUUGCUGCAAGAGUUAUAGCUUUCUGGACAUUUUCUGAAGGCGCGGACGAUUAGAUUCCUACCUGAAUGUCAAAUGUUUAGUCUAAGAGAAAACACAUCUUUUAUUCCCUCAGCCACGCCAGACACUGGGUUGUUUCUGAUUCUAUUUUGACUUCUCCAGUUUACAGUUUAGUUUAUUGUCACGUGUACCGAGGUACAGUGAAAAUCUUUUGAUGCGUGCUAACCAGUCAGCGGAAAGACAAUUUAUGGUGACUUUUACAAUCGAGCCAUUUACUGUGUAUAUAUACAUCUCGACUACUUUGAGUUAUUUGGACAUUUCACACUUCAAAGUCAACUAAAAUUGAAUCUUAAUAGAUCUUCCACGCUGGUGUAAGAUGCAUCUAUUUAUUCAGGGCACACACAAAUCGACUUUAAAAAUAAUUCUCAUUGAUGAUUUUGAUAAUUGUUAGGACACUGUGUGCUGAAGGGUCGGAUCCUGUGCUGUACUGUUCUAUGUUCUACAAUCUGCCUUCUAAUAUGCCUUUGCUGUUAUACCUGUUAAUUGCAUUAAUGGAUUCAGAUGGAUAAAUUACCAAGAGGACCAACAUUCUGGUGAUUAAAUGCAUUUGAAAGCCUUUGAGUAUUUGAUCCAGAAAUUAUAACUGUGUAAUGUAGUACAGGAUUAUUUGGUACAAUCCUGCCAUUGAUUGAACAGAGUUUUAAUGAGAUAUGGUAACAUAUGAUGAGCAUCUGAAGGUACUGGGCCUGUACGCACAGGAGUUUGGAAGGAUGAGGGGGUACCUCAUUGAAACUUAUCAAACAGUGAGAGGCCUAGAUAAGUGAAUGUGGAGAGGAUGUUUCUACUAGCGGGAGAGUCUAGGACCAGAGGCCAUAACCUCAAAAUAAAAGAACAUACCUUUAGAAAGGAGACAAGAAGGAAUUUCCUUAGUCAUAAAGUGGCGAAUCUGUGGAAUUUAUUGCCACAGCCGGCUGUGGAGGCCGUCAAUGGAUAUUUUUUAAGGUGGAGAUUGACAAAUUCUUGAUUAGUGUGGGUGUCAGGGUUCAUGGGGAGGAGGCAGGUAAAAGAGAGGGAAAGAUAGAUCAGUCAUGAUUGAAUGGCGGAGUAGACUUGAUGGACCGAAUGACCUAAUUCUGCUCCUAGAAAUAAACAUGAACUGAUGAACUUAUGAGAGAGUAAAGUUGUGUGUGGCCGAGGGUAUCAAGCAUUUUAGAAUGACUUCACUUCAAAAAUGUGAACUUUAAGUAAAAAGGUCAAUUCAUUAUUUGGAAAGGUCAAUCACCUAUCCUAUAAUUCAUUCUAUUAUGAGGUGGGUAUAAAAUGUCACACUUGCUUUAACAGUGGUAAGUUUAUUGAUCUUAUGAGGUAAUGCUUGAGGAGACUUAAUGCUUAAGUACAUUUCAGGCCUUGCCUGCCUUCUCACAAUUGCCCUCAUUUAUGUAUUGUAUGAUCAUUGUCUUACUUAAAAAUCUAGUUAGAUUCAGUGACUGGUCUCUCUGAUAAGGCACUAUUGCGUCCUUAAGGAAGAGAAGAUAGACAUGGAUAAGGAAUGUUUAGAGAGUGAUGGGUCAAACACCAAUAAAUGGUACUAGCUUAAAUGGGGCAUCUUGGUCAGUAUAGAUUAAUUGGGUCAAAGGGUCUGUUUCCAUGCUGUAUGCUAUAUGGCUAUAAGUAUCUUUCAGCAGAAGGCGGUAACAUCCAACCCAUGGGGUAAUUAAAGCAUUAUUUUCAUUGAUUAGGUAGACUUUAGAGAUGCAGUGUGGAAACAGGCCCUUCAGCCCAUCGAGUCCACACUGACCGGCAAUCACCCUUUACACUAACACUAUCCUACACAUUAAGGACGAUUGACAAUUUACAGAAGCCAAUUAUCCUACAAACCUGUAUGUCAUUGGAGUAUGGGAGGAACCCAAAGCACCCAGAGAAAACCUACGCAAUCACAGGUAGAAUGCACAAACUCCGUACAGACAGCACCUAUAGUCAGGAUCAAACCCGGGUCUCUGGCGCUGUCAAGCAGCAACUCUACUGCUGCUUCAUUGUGCCCAGAUACUGAGAUGGGACAAACCUCUAACGUGCAAUUGUACUAAAUUUGAAUUGGUGAGAGGAUAUUUAUCCAAUCUCCCUGGCAAGCUAUGGUGAGCACCAUUCAAAACCUAAACAGCAGUCUCAAGGCAUCCGAAUUGAGAUUAUUUUCUAUACCAGUAUUUGAGCCAAGGUAACAACUCAAUUGGCUGUGAAUCUGUAAAAAACUAUUAAUAAUGUCAUUAUACUGUAGAUAAACUUUAACCAAUUGAGAAACCAGUUUUUUAUGUCAUUACUGCCUAAAGAUAGAAACAUAGAAAUUAGGUGCAGGAGUAGGAUCAUUCAAUAUGAUCAUGGCUGAUCAUCCAACUCUGUAUCCUGUACCUGACUUCUCUCCAUACCCCCUGAUCCCUUUAGCCACACGGGCCACUAACUCCCUCUUAAAUAUAGCCAAUGAACUAGCCUCAACUACCUUCUGUGGCAGAGAAUUCCAGAGAUUCACCACUCUCUGUGCAAAAAAUGUUUUUCUCAUCUCGGUCCUAAAAGAUUUCCCCCUUAUCCUUAAGCUGUGACCCCUUGUUCUGGACUUCCCCAACAUCGGGAACAAUCUUCCUGCAUCUAGCCUGUCCAACCCCUUAAGAAUUUUGUAAGUUUCUAUAAGAUAGAACGUUUUUAUCUGAAUACAUUAAUAAGGAUGCAUUAAAAUGUAUUCUGUUCAUGGAGAUUCAUAAAUGUUUACCAUGCUUUGUAGGCAAGGCUACAAUGAUAACAUUAAAAAGCAACAAUAAUGUCCAUCUUGUGUCCAUUCCUUUUUGCCAGUUGUAUGCUCCACCUUUCCUUGCUCAUUGUUAUUUUUUGUGUAUCUUUCAUUCAUUUUUUCCAGACUGUAUAUCUCUCUACAUCACCAUCUAUAUCUCUCGUUUCCCAUUCCCCUCUCAGCCUGGAGAAGGGGCCCGACCCAAAAGGUCACCUAUUCUCCGGAGAUGCAGCCUGACCCUCUGAGUUACUCCAGCUUUUUGUGUCCAUCUUGAGUUAUGGACUCAAGCUGAGCCAACGAUAGCAACAUAUUUGAUAGAACCCAGCUGAUCUAGGUAUUAAUAAUGGUGAUAUAAAUAAUGGUCAGUUAGAAUUAAUUCAUCAACAUGUUCCAAGAACAAUAUUUCAUUACGUCAUGCCAAAUUGCCUUAAUUUAUAUAACAUGUUGAGCAAAAACUUGUAGAGCUGACUGGAAUUUACUGCAGAUUGUGUUGUGCAAGAUUUGCUUUCGAAUCUUUCAAGAAAGCCGAGUCAUUUCUGAUAAAUCAAAGCAGCACAAGAUUUAAAUCGGUAGUCAUUGGGGUUUGAAAUAUCCAUGUACUGACUUGGAUAGCGGGACUCCUGAAGAAGAUGCAUGGAUACAGAGAGAGACUGCACAGUGCCCAAGUUGUUGGGUAACUAGAGCCAGAGUUUAUUUUGGAUUUGAUGAUAGGUAUUCAAACAUAAACCUGAGUAGUGUCUAGGUCCGUCGACUUUAUACACCAUGCAAUGCCCAUGAGAUAUGCUGAAAUGUUCAGCAGCACAAGAGGAUUGAAGCCCGCCAGAACCGGUAUUUAAUUUAAAGUAACCUUACUACAUCUCAAACUCAAAAGUGUAUGAAAAAUGUGUAAUGGUGCGAGAGGUGGCACCAAAAUCCAAAUAUGUCAAAUAAAAGCAAA